AUGACUGGCCGCGCUAUGGAUCCGCUGCCCGCGGCGGCAGUCGCGUCUGCAACUGAGGCGGAGGCUGACGAGGAGGCGGAUCCUUUGGUGGCAGGCUCACCAGUACCCCAGGUCACUGAUCGAAGGGACCCAGACCCCAGUCGAAUGCAGAUGCCACAGGGGAACCCGCUGCUGCUGUCCUAUACCCUGCAGGAGUUGCUGGCCAGGGACACUGUGCAGGUGGAACUCAUCCCGGAGAAGAAGGGCCUCUUCCUGAAGCAUGUGGAGUAUGAGGUUUCCAGCCAGCGCUUCAAGUCCUCUGUGUACAGACGGUACAAUGACUUUGUGGUCUUCCACGAAAUGUUGCUGCACAAGUUCCCGUACCGCAUGGUGCCAGCCCUCCCUCCCAAGAGAGUGCUGGGAGCGGACAGGGAAUUCAUCGAGGGACGAAGGAGGGCCCUGAAGCGCUUCAUUAACUUGGUGGCUCGUCACCCCCCCUUCUCUGAGGACACCAUCCUCAAGCUCUUCCUUUCGUUUAGCGGCUCAGAUGUACAGAACAAGCUGAAGGAAGCGGCCCAGUGUGUUGGAGAUGAGUUUAUGAACUGUAAGCUGGCUACUAGGGCCAAGGACUUCCUUCCCUCUGACAUCCAGACUCAGUUUGCUGUGAGCAGGGAGCUGAUUCGGAACAUCUACAAUAGCUUCUACAAGCUGCGAGACAGGGCGGAGAGGAUUGCCUCGAGGGCCAUCGACAAUGCUGCUGAUCUUCUCAUAUUUGGGAAGGAAUUGAGUGCUUUAGGGUCUGACACGACCCCCCUGCCCUCCUGGGCUGCUCUUCACCUCAGCACCUGGGGCUCCCUGAAGCAGGCCCUGAAGGGCCUCUCUGUGGAGUUCGCCCUGCUUGCAGACAAAGCUGUGCAGCAGGGCAAACAGGAAGAGAAUGAUGUGGUGGAGAAGUUGAACCUUUUCCUGGAUUUGCUUCAGUCCUAUAAAGAUCUGUGCGAGCGGCACGAGAAGGGCGUGCUGCACAAGCACCAGCGGGCGCUGCACAAAGACGGCCUGAUGAAGAGGCAGGCGGUGAGCAACCGCGAGCCCGAGUCGGUGGAGCAGCUGGAGUCCCGCAUCCUGGAGCAAGAGAACAUGAUUCAGACCAUGGAGCUUCGGAACUACUUCUCCCUGUACUGCCUGCACCAGGAGACACAGCUCAUCCACGCCUACCUGCCCCUCACCUCCCACAUCCUUGGGGCCUUCGUUAACUCUCAGAUCCAAGGGCACAAGGAGAUGGGCAAGGUGUGGGAUGAUCUGAAGCCGAAGCUCAGUUGCCUCUUCGCUGGACCACACAAUGCGUUGACGCCACCACGGUCUCCGCAGGACGGCGUGUGUCCUCACUAGUGCCUGAGGCUGCGGCACAGUUCCCUGCGGCCUCACUAAAGCGUCUUUCCAAAUGGUGUUUCUGGCCAAUUCCCUUCAGGUGGCCACUGCCGCCCGUGGUGCCCUGGUGGGUGAAAGGGAACAUCCAUCUGAGCCCAUGGGUGUGGCUGGUGGUUUUUCUCUUCCCUGGGUGGGAGGUCUGUGCCCCCCGACCCCUGCCCAUCCUGCCCUGUGGCUGCUAGCCCGGUGCUGAGAAUUCGGGUUCCUCAUGACACCCAGGGCCAGGGUUGCUGAGGCUCAUUUCCACACAGAAGA